CUGACUCUAGGGGUGCAGUUUAGGGUUUUGGAAGGUGUUGAGACGUGGAGAAAUCUCACUAUGCUUUCCAGCGAGUGUUCAAAGAGGAUACUGAGUAUUUCUUUUGUGUUUUAGGGUGUUUGUUGCAUGCGAUGCCGCCUGAAUGAGGUUUGAUCGGAAGGGCUGAAGAGCAGAAGCAGUCAUGGACGGAGCUUGGGCUGUUAUUCUCAUAUCUCUCGCUAUGUUCGUGGGAUGUUUGGUGCUCGGGAUUAUUCCACUAUUAAUCAAUUUAUCAGAGAAACUGCAGCUGGUUACUGUACUGGGGGCGGGGCUUCUGUGUGGCACUGCUCUAUCAAUCAUCAUCCCAGAGGGGGUGGAGCUAAUCCAGGAGUCAUGGAAAGACCAGUAUUGCUCCGCUAUGGGAGAGAAUCAAAAUAUCUCUGAAAUAAAUUCAACACUUCAUCUUGCCGCAAAGAAGGGUCUGCGUCCUCAGUUCUUCAUUGGAGUCUCUCUCGUCUUGGGCUUUACGCUCAUGUUUGUGGUGGACCAGAUUGCCAACUACUGCUCUAUGCAAGGUACCUCAGUGCUGCUUCUUAUUAGAAACACAUUUCAAUACUUAUCCACUCACUUCUUCAACAUGGAGGUUGUGUUGAGAAUAGAAAUCAAUAAGGGUGACCCUACUCCCUAUUUUUCUGGACAAGUUCUGACCAGGAUUUCUUAGUUGCCUUAAAUGUCCAUGUUUUGGUUUUGGUUUUGUUUUCCUAUUCUUUAUACGUUAUAUGUGUAUUUGCACUGCUUUGAUUGUUCUCUGUAGAUCCCACCCUCUCGCACACCAUGAUUGGUCGAUUGUGGACAAUACCUGCACACUAUUGGUCAA